AUGCUGUACCAGCUGAUUCGUUGCAACUGUCCCUUUCAUGAGACAGUCUUUCGAGUCAACACCCCAAUUGGACCGAGCAUCCAUGGCCUGCCUUGCCGAAAGCCACGGGACUUGUGUCGGCAGCUGCGUGCAGAUCCACGCAACGAGGUUUACACACCACCCCAAUCAUUUCCACCCAACCGGACCAACUGGACCAAGGCUGAGACCACCCCGCCGGAGAUCUUGAGGCGGCACUACCGACGCCUGGCGCGAGAUAUCCAUCCCGACAAGCAUCCGGACAACGUGGAAGAAGCGACCCGCCGGUUCCAACAAGUCACAGAAGCAUAUGAGGCCAUCGCCACCCGGCUGAAGCUCUGA